AUGUCUGAUCAGAGAACGCUGAAGCGCCUGGUGGUCUUGAUUGAUGGGAGCGAGACGCGCGAAAAGAAGAAGGAGGUGAACCAGUCGAAUAUCCAACGGCUCAAGCAGCUCGUUCGAGAGGGCAUAUGCCCUUCGGGGCGUGCUCUGGUACAGAUACCGAGAUACUACGUCGCCGUCGGCAACAUUCCCAAGUUCGGCGACAAGUUCAAGUCCAAACCCGCGACCGACGAUACCGCCGACGUCAUUAAAACCAUCGUCAAGGACGUGUGCUCCACGCUCGAACACGCCGAAGAUGAGCUCUGGCUGUAUGGAUCCGGCCACGGCGCCUUUGUGGCCCGCGCAGUUGCUGGAAUCGUCCAUCGUAUGGGUCUGCUGAAGAAACAGUUCGCGCAUAGAUUCGACGACCAGUUCGAUUUAACAUGCGCACUCAUCAAGGCAGAGCUCGAGGACGACUAUCGGAAUGGCACACACCUGGUGCAGACGGUCAAAGGCAACGCCGGUGACCCGCCUCGGAUACCCUUUGUCGGUCUUUUCGACACGGUGAAGCUCACGUCGGUGAAGACGCGUUACGACAUCUCGCUUGGUCCAUCCAUUGAGAUUCUGCGGCAUGCGCUCGCUAUCAACGAAAGCCGGUCCAACAGGGUCCCAGAGGUGUUCGAAGUCCCUAGCGACACUGAAAUGACGAGACGGUCUCUUAUCCAAGCUUGGUUUCUUGGCACAACCGACGAUCUGUGCGGUGGCACUGCCAAUGACGGGCUUUCUCUGUAUCCGCUCCAAUGGAUCCUACUCGAGAGCAUCACAGCUGGGUUGAGUGUACGUUCCAUGGAGAAACCAACCGCUGUCGAGAAUCCGCUCUCUCUCGUCUUUCCCCAAUACGCUGGUAACCUGCCAAAUCUGGACGGUUCAGAAGAUAUUGAAUGGCGCCUCAAAUAUUCGAAUGGCAUUCAGGUCAGUAUGUUUGACCUCCAGAGCUCUCAUGCGGCGCGCUCGGCGGCCGGCGGUGAAAUCCACAGCUUGAAACACGACCCCGAGCGCUUCUCACGCGGUGCCACACGUAAAGUAUUCGGCGCAGAUGGUCUGAAAGGAUGGAGCAACAAUGGACCAUACGGUACGGUGAUUCAUGCUUCCAUCUUCUGCGUGCUCGAUAGAUACCCUCGGUACCUUGAGCUUCCCAGCUUCAAAACUAUCAAAACAAAAAUCUCAAACUUCCAGGACACUUGCCUGGUCGAUGACGACAACUCGCUUGCCCCAUGGCUUCGAGAUAUGCAACUGCAAGCAAGCGGUGUCAAGGCAUUUCGGAUAUUGGUCUGUGGUAAGACUGGAGUGGGCAAGUCGACACUAAUCAACAAGGUGUUUGGUGUUGAAAUGACGGGGGAGUCUAAGUCCUAUGAUCAGGGCGUCCAUGACAUAAACGAAGCCUUUGAGUCUCCACUACACCCGGGAUUGCUCAUUCACGACUCGAGAGGCUGGCAGGCAGGAAGCGACACAGAACUCGAUUUAAUUGCAAAGUUUCUCAGGCACCGCGCGUUCCAGGAAGACCCUGCCAAAGCCCUGCACGUCAUUUGGUUCUGUGUGGACGCCGAUGUGAGCCGCAUCGAAGAAGCAGACAAGCGAACCUUUGCAACUAUUGCCCAAUUCUCGCAUCAAGUCCCCGUAUUCGUCAUCGGUACGAAGAAGGACAAACUCACCGGCUAUCGUAAAAUGAAGCUGCUGGAGGAGCUAAUGGAGAAGACAAACGAUUACAAAGAGGCCAAGAAGCUAGCGGACGAACAGGCCAACAUGAUGGCACAGGCGCAGUUCGAUGAGCUCAGAAACCAGUUGUCACAGAUCGAACACUACAAGGCCGAUGGGUACUGCUGUCUUUCAAAAGAUGACGAUGCGGGCGUCAAAGAUCUCCUCUCCCAAACCCUCGGACUUAUUGUUGACGAACGUGUACGUCUCUUUUGCGUCGCGGCGCAAGUCGUCGACGUUGAACAGAAAAUCAACUCAGCGAUAACAGAAUGUAUGAGAUUAGGUACUCAUGCAAUUCGCACCGCCGCUGUCCCUCUCCCAUUCUCUGGCAUAAUCGGAACGCCCACCGUCUCGCGACUCAUCUGCGAACACGUCCUGCAAUGCUUCGGAUUUCCCAAGGCGACCCCGGAUGAAAUAGAGAAGAUCAUGUCAGACAUUGUCAUGGGGAACCUGAAGACGUUCAUGAAGGUCUCUUUGAUGCAAUUCGCCGCCGUGAGCGCAGUCACUCUUGGUGCAGCGAUCCCGACGGCUGGUAUUGGUGCAAUCGUCGGUAUUGCUGGUUGCAUCUGGGGUCUGCCGCCAACAGCGAGAAUGCUUCUCAAGUGCUCCUGCGACAUGAUCCUCAUCCUCGAACGGUCCUUUCGAUACGACGGCAAGUAUGUUUCCGUGAAGCAGAUCGAAGACGCCGCAAAAUACUACACCAGCAACAUGAUCAAGACUUUCGCCGGCAAGGAGAAGCGCCUGCAGCAACAGGUUCACGACGAGAUCGACCAACUCCUCCCGCUGAACAACUUUACCAUUGGCUUCAAAUUCAACAAACUGCGAAGCGCCGUCGAAGAGACCAUCUACAGCAAUCGCUUUGGGAAACCGCCAGACUACAAAUCGCUUAUGAGCACCUCCAGCCUUGCACUGGCCAGAAACUCAAACGACCCUGCAGAACUUGCGGUGCCUCAUGUCGUCUCCGAGCUACAUGGUGACGAGAAGCCGGCCUUGUUGUCAUCCGACCCAGAUUCGGUCAAAUACCUCAAAAGCACAGGCGAUUCUUGCAAGCCCGCGGCGGAGCUAGACUCAACCGAGGUGCUAAGCACUUCCAUGAGUGUCACAUCCAUGUCCAAUAGCGGCUUCAGCCCGGUAGAAACGAUGACGAGCGCGACGACGCCUAUGAGUGACCACGGGCAAAGUAGUACGGCCAAACUAUCGGAGCUCUGGGUGGAUCCGCCUGAGCUUGAGGGCAAUACCCUGAUUGGAGGUCCGAGAGAAGAGUUGGAAGGCUCCGUACCAGCAGCAGCAAAGGCUGAGGGAACAUCUAGGUCUCGCUGGGGGAAGCUGUCGACGUGGAAGAUUGGCUCUAAGAAGCCCAAGACUAAAUGA